AGCAUCCCCAAUAUCUUAAAUUCAAAGCUGUACAUUCAUCGGAAGAGAGCUGAAUAAUUGAACAAAAUGAUUGACUCUAAAGCACCAAUGCCAUGGAUAGGCUUAUACGCUGCUGUGGCAUCUCUAAUAUGGACCGUUGCACUUUCGACUGCUACAGUGCACUCUGUCCGCCAUAGAAAAUUAUGGUUCCCUUGCAGAUAUUCUGCUCUCAAUGCUGCUUCCUUGACUGUGUUAGCCAUCGCAGUGAAGUUGUCAAUGGACCUAACUACCCCGAUGCCAGGUAUGUUUGAUCAAGCGGCUAAAAGUGUUAGCACUGCUUUCUUGUGUGCUUCAACCACUCAUUUCAUGCCUUCACUGGGAUCCAUGAGUGAUAGAGGUAUAUUAGUGAACUUGACUGCAUUGGGUAUCCUUAUAGUGACACUUACAGUAAAUGUUGUCAUCCAAGUAUUCACAGGCGUGAUUAAAGAUGAUUUCCAAGUGUUGGUUGUCUUUAUGAAUGUUUAUACGUUCAUUAUAUUGAGUUCUUCUGCUUUAACAGUGUCUACAAGUAAAAGAUAUUUGGAACAAAAGUAUAACGAAUUGCACAGAAGAAUUUCGUCGGAGGAACUACAAGGAAAUGAAAUAGUGGCCUUUGACAAGUUAAAGUUACACGUGAAGAAGUACUGGGUAAUGGCAGAAACAGGUAACCCUCAGUUUGUCAUGGCACGAUCUGAGGCCAGCGAUGUUUUAUUCAUGAUCUGCGUCAUUAGUUAUAUUUAUGAUGGAUCAGUAUUGUCAACAAACAAUAAGCCAGAAUUUGCUUCCGAUUAUAAAUGGUCAGUCUAUCUUAUUUAUUGGACUCAACAUGUAGGCAUGGCUCUUUGUGUUGUCAUGUCCUUGGGAAGAUUUUUAGUAGCUUUACUUCACACUGUACGGAAUAUUAGAAAAUGUACCAUCUCUAGCAUUUCCUUAGAAAUGAAGAAUUACAGGAUCAAAAGAUUGGUAGAGUGGAAAAAGGGACUUCCAUUGUUACAAGUUCGAGGCCAGAAGCUUAGAAAAAUUAUUUAUCACAUCAAAAAUUUACUUCUCAACAUUUGUAUAGGAAGUCAAAUAGUGAUUGUGAUUGUGAAUAAAUUGCUGGUGCCAAUCUCAAUUUUUGGAUCUAUCUGCUUAAUGGUGUGUUCAAUAAACGGUCCCAUAAUAUUUAUAAUCCCAUUGAUCAUCGUACUCUUUUUUUGUAUCUUGAGGAUGAGAAUCAUUAGGUGCUUGGUAAUGUUGAAGAAAUUUUUCUUAAGGGAAUCGGAGGCCUCAUGCAAUCCCAACAAAUCAAAAUACAUGCUUGGUUAUGAGCAAGAUCUAAAAAAUUUUGUUUUACUUCUAGAAAGUGAGGCAAUACAAGAUGGAUACCUGAUGUUCAUUAACACUUCUAUUAAUUCAUCCAUAAUUUUUGGUGCAAAGUAUCAGCCUAGAUAUCUAAUGGAGCUUAUGGAAAAUUCCACCAGCUUUGAGGGUGUAUUAGAAUUUGAAAGUGAUCUUGUCUCUCCGAUAAUUCUCAUAGAACCUCUUAAUUGCUGGAGUCUAUCCGUGGCAACACUAACAAGUAUCAUGAUUUCUCUUCCCAAUGUUCAAAAUGAGGAAAGGAAUCAGUUUUUAAGAAGCGUCAUUGAAGGUUUUAAGUAUGUGCGCCUUGUAGAGAAAAGUCUGGAUGUUCAUAAGAAAUUGUUGAGCAGCACGAGUGCUGCAGAUUUUGUGUGGGUUGUAGUUGAAUUGAGGCACAAGUGGUUAGACACGGACCUCCAAAAACUUGCGAGGGUAUCAAAAUCUGCCAAAGAAACUCUUCAAAAUCUAGCAAAUAAAAGUGAAGCAAUUUUGAAGGACUUCACAAGUAAAAUGAAUGAAAAUGCAACGGAGAGUCCCAUUAACUUGCCUGAAAAUGUCAUAAUUGCUAAUUCAAUGUACAAGAUAAGCAAUAGUUUGCUGUUGGUCUAUGACGAAAGCUAUCAUUCAGCAUCAGAUACUCAAGUGUUUGAGAGAUUGUCAGUUAUCGUUGCAGAUAUAAUUGCUUCAAGCCUGACCAAUUUACCUCAUGUUAUACUCAAGAAAUGUAACAAUUGCGCCCUAGAAAAAGGGGAGAAAGGUAUACGGGAAGCAACUCACCUUUUGGGAGAAACUCAAGGCAUUCUGAAAGCUCUUCAAAAGCAUGAAAUUCCUAAUCUAUCACCUGAUCAAUCAAUGUAUAUUGACGAAUGGCGUACUUUACUCAAAAACACUAACCAUGGUAUUUCGGCCCCAACUUCUAGCGGUGAGAAUAAUAUUACUGCUUCAAGUGGUGAGGUACAUUUAGAUGUACAAGAACUUCGUGCAAGUGCUACAGCAGGCAAUGCAGAGUCUCAUGUGACCGUGGAAGUGGAAGAGUUAGGAGACGAAAAAGAGAACCACCAAGCAUAAGACCUAACAUCUCCACUUUUUGGAAGUCAUUGUUAUAAACAUCCUUUUUUUCCUUUUUUUUUUUGUUUGGCCAUACAACUGUUGUGAAUUUCCAGUCAUUCGGUAACAUUUGUGUUAUCAUGAAAACCUAGUGGCAUAUUAUUACACAUUAUUAUGCAUAUUUUGAAGAUUAAAA